AUGGCACGUCCUAUUCUCAUUAAGUCCAGCAAAAAUAAAGGCACAAGAAAGAAGAAAACUCAAAGAUUUGAACGUUCGAAUGAUGCUACGUCAGUUGACGAUGAAGAAGACGAAAAUAACGCUUAUAUGGUCACCAAAUUGUCUUCCUUCCGACAUGGGUCAGGAACAAUCCCAACUUUGUGUCCAUCAUCUGAAGAUUGCUGGAUUCAUAAAUUUGGAUCCAAGUACAACGAGUUAAUGACACCAGAUGGCGAUGAAAUUCGAUCCUCAUAUUUCGGAUUUUUGGUUAACCACAUGACUCCUGUGGGAAAUGGAGAAGUGCUGAUGUCGGAUUAUUACAACAUGAAAUUAAAAUUGUUAACCAAAUCGGGUGAAAUUAUUGAUAUUGCUGAAACAGAGCCACUUCAUCCAUUUGGUGUUUGUGCGACUGUGGAUGAUGAUUUUAUCGUCUGCUUGGUGGACAAUGACGACUGUGUCUUGUCUGAGAAUAGUGAGCGAGUUCUUGCAAGAAUUAACCGAGAGGGAGUAAAAAUUCAGAAAAUAAAAAGCCCCAACUCGAAAGAGGACCGACUUUUCACUAAGCCGUACAGAGUAAGUGAAAACAGAAAUCUAGAUAUCCUCGUGGUAGAUUGGACCUCGGAUAGAACAAGCCGAUUGGUUGUUUUAACUAAAACUGGUCAGCUAAAAUGUGUAUGUAAAGGUAAACCAAGAAAAUUUGGUGAAAUGCCAUUCAAUCCGAGUGACGUUUGUUGUAAUUCGGAAUCCUUUGUCUUGGUAAGUGACUUGUCCAGUCAUACAGUUCAGCUCUUGAAUCCAGAAUACAAAUUCGUCCAGAAUAUUUUGGCGCCAAAAGAUGGGAUAGAAUAUCCACUUGCGUUGGCCUUGACCCAUGACAAUAUAUGGGUGGGUUCUGGGAAUGGUAAGGUCACCUUGCUACGGUUGACCAAAAAGAAGCCACCGGAAAUGAAUGGACAUCUUGAUGUUGAGUCAAAGAAAAGCAGACUUUGUAUAAUAAGUUAG